UAGGUCGCUUGUACCAGGUUGAGUAUGCAAUGGAAGCAAUUGGACAUGCAGGUACUUGCUUGGGAAUUCUAGCAAAUGAUGGUGUUUUGCUAGCUGCAGAGAGACGCAACAUUCACAAGCUUCUUGAUGAAGUGUUUUUCUCGGAGAAAAUAUACAAACUUAAUGAGGAUAUGGCUUGCAGUGUUGCAGGAAUAACUUCAGAUGCCAAUGUUCUAACAAAUGAACUGAGACUGAUUGCGCAGAGGUAUUUGUUACAAUAUCAAGAGCCUAUUCCUUGUGAACAACUGGUAACAGCACUAUGUGAUAUCAAGCAGGCUUAUACACAGUUUGGAGGAAAACGUCCUUUUGGUGUUUCGUUGCUGUAUAUUGGCUGGGAUAAGCAUUAUGGAUUUCAGCUGUAUCAAAGUGAUCCUAGUGGAAAUUAUGGAGGGUGGAAAGCUACAUGCAUUGGGAAUAAUAGUGCUGCAGCUGUGUCAAUGCUAAAGCAAGACUACAAAGAAGGAGAAAUGACCUUGAAGACUGCACUUGCACUAGCCAUUAAGGUUCUAAACAAAACCAUGGAUGUUAGCAAACUCUCUGCAGAGAAGGUUGAAAUUGCAACACUGACAAGAGAGAACGGAAAGACAGUAAUAAGGGUUCUGAAGCAAAAGGAGGUGGAACAGUUGAUAAAACAACAUGAGGAGGAGGAAGCAAAAGCUGAACGUGAAAAGAAGGAAAAAGAACAAAAAGAGAAGGAUAAAUAGAUGAAAUCAAGUGUUCUGUAGAUAAUAUAGGACCUGCUUCAGUAAAAGAUAAUCUGGAUUUCUGUUUUGUAGAAGCCUACAAUUAUGCCAUGGAGGACCCAGAAUUACUUUUGAUGAACCAGGUCCGUAAUCGUCAUUCAGAUAAUUAGUUUACUGCUCCUUACAUUGACCAAUAAUUGCUUUAAUUCUUGAACACUCUAUUUCUUUCAUCUUCUAUUUUUUAUUAUGGAAUAAAAUUUAAGAAGAAUAGUGAUGGGUGUCUUUAUUUCCGCAGUAAUGCCUGGAUAUGCACAAUCUUGAGGGAUUUAAUCGCUUUAAACCAUUAAAACAAGGUAUAUGCUAGUUGGUAAAGAACAAAUAUGGUGUUAGAAUUGUUAGAAUUUUGUGUGUAUGUGUGGAUUUUCCUUUUAAAGUAGUGAAAAGGGCUCCUAAGUUUGAAAAAAUCAUUUCACAAAUACAGAAUUAAAGUGUGCUGGCAUGCCAA